UGUACGAGAGCUCGUGUGCUAGAACGGAUUAACACCGCUGAUCGUGUGAAUUGGUACAACAAACUAAUACAUAGAUACGAACCGACACACGAACACGAGCACAAGAGGUGCAGAGCCAGUCACUGUAGACGAGGCGCGACGGGUCGUGAAAGUGAAUUGGGCUUUUGGGCAUAUGAAAAGGGGGCAACGGCGCACGAAAGCGAAUGUGAAAAGUGAAAUUAAUUUUUGUCUGCUGCAACUUUGUUGAAGUUGAAAUUUGUAAUCGGAACGUUGCGGCUGGUGGCGUUGGUGGUGUUAACGGUGUCGGUUGGACGGUCGUUAGAGCGUAUACAAAGCAAAAAAAAUUGAUACUAAUAACAACAACAACCACGUAGAAACGUUAACGAACGUUAUCGAAUCGCAUGAUGUACGAGUCUGUUAAUGAGGUGAUUGCAAUUGGAGAAAAAUGUUAAAAUAACGAAUCGACGCAAUGCAGCUAUUUCGCACGAAAUAAUUCACUAGAACAACAGCACCAAAUACAUAGCAAUACAUAGUAACGACGAGCGCAAAAUGCAACAACAACAACAAGAAGCAAACUUCAACAAGCUCCUACCAUGACAUACGUACAAUAAACUAAAGAGUUCUACAUACAAAUAUAUCACCUAUAUAUACAACAACUGCAACCGAAUCGCUCAUCACGGCCAGCAACGGGAUAUCAACACGUAUGAACGCCAACAACUCAGCACUAACACAACGCAGCACAACAACAAAAACACGACGAUAAUGUGGUGUAAAAUAAAAGGAAGUAGCAGCAGCCGAUGCAAACGAAAAGCGACGGAGUGCAGCAGCAGCGAGGGCAGCGCCAGCAGUGGGAGUGGCGCGACAAGCACACGACGAACGCACUGUUGCACGCUGCUACUUUUGGUCAUACUCACAUUGACGCACAUUCCCAGCGCGAGAUGUAAGCGAAAAGAAAUGGCUGCCGGUCGUUUGGAGAAUGUCACACAAACUAUUUCGAAGAUCCUACAAGGCUACGACAUACGUUUGCGUCCGAAUUUCGGCGGUGAGCCAUUGCAUGUGGGCAUGGAUCUCACAAUAGCCAGCUUUGAUGCCAUAUCCGAAGUAAAUAUGGACUACACCAUCACCAUGUAUCUGAAUCAGUACUGGCGCGAUGAGCGGCUUGCCUUCAAUGCAUACGGACCAUACUACGAUGAUGAUGCGGACGAUGAUGGUGUCAAUGAUGUGCUGACGCUCUCAGGAGAUUUUGCAGAGAAAAUUUGGGUGCCCGACACAUUUUUUGCAAACGACAAAAAUAGUUUCUUACAUGACGUCACCGAACGCAAUAAACUGGUGCGUUUAGGUGGCGAUGGCGCUGUCACCUAUGGCAUGCGCUUCACAACAACACUCGCCUGCAUGAUGGAUUUGCAUUAUUAUCCGUUGGAUUCGCAGAAUUGUACAGUGGAAAUUGAGAGUUAUGGCUACACUGUCAGCGAUGUGGUGAUGUAUUGGAAGCCGACACCCGUACGCGGCGUCAUGGAUGCCGAACUGCCACAAUUCACGAUAAUCGGUUACGGUACGAACGAUCGUAAAGAGCGUCUGGCCACUGGUAUAUAUCAGCGUUUAUCGCUCUCUUUCAAAUUGCAACGGAAUAUUGGUUAUUUUGUAUUUCAAACAUAUCUGCCAAGCAUAUUGAUUGUGAUGCUCUCGUGGGUGUCCUUCUGGAUCAAUCACGAGGCGACGAGUGCGCGCGUCGCUUUAGGCAUAACCACCGUGCUGACUAUGACUACAAUAAGCACCGGUGUGCGUAGUUCCUUGCCGAGGAUAUCUUAUGUCAAAGCCAUUGACAUUUAUUUAGUUAUGUGCUUCGUGUUCGUUUUCGCUGCCCUGCUCGAGUACGCAGCUGUCAAUUACACGUAUUGGGGCAAGCGCGCUAAGAAAAAAGUGAAAAAGUCCAAAGAUGGUGAAGGCAGGAAAACAGGCAAGGGCGAUAAAUCCGAAACGUGUUCAACAGCCGAUGACAUCAUCGAAUUGCAGGAUGUACGCAUGAGUCCUAUACCCUCAUUGCGUAAAGCCAACUACAAUAGCACGCUCGGCUCCAUAGGCACCGAAACUGUGGACCUGGCAAAGUUUCCACCGAGCUUUAGAAUUACGCGCAAUUAUGGCACAAAUCGUACACAUUUGCGUUAUAGAGGUCAAAAAGGCAAACCACGCAUGCUGCAUGCGCUGAAACGUGGUGCUUCGGCCCUCAAAGCAACUAUACCAAAAAUCAAAGAUGUUAACAUUAUCGACAAAUAUUCACGUAUGGUGUUCCCAGUCAGCUUUUUAGCCUUCAAUCUGGGCUACUGGCUAUUCUACAUUCUGGAAUGAUAGCACCUGCUGACACUUCACGCCAAAUAGGAGGAACCCUAGUUAGUGUGUAGUGUACAAGUUAAAAAAGACACCUGCAAAUUCAAAAACUAACCACGUAACCAAUUGCCAUGGCACAUGCAAAAUCAAACUGCGCAAAGAAAUCCAAUGUGAGAGAAUCCAAUCAAAAUUGUGAAAAAAAAAGAAAAAGAAAUCAAAAAAAAUUUCGCCAAAAGUAACCAAAAAACAAACCAAAUGUGUCCUCAAAUGAAUUAAAUUAAAAAACGAAUGUGAAGACUAGAACUAGCGAACCAAAGAAAAUUAGAGAAACAACACCAACCUAAAUUGUCAAAAUAAACCCUUUAAAAAACAAAAAAGUGAAAAAAAUAUAAAUAUCAGAAAAAAGCACGACUUCAUUGCCAUUUCGAUGGAUGUGUUUGAAAAUCUUAAACAAGUUCAAAAGAUAACUAAGAAAGUAAAAGAAAGUUGAGACUUAGUACUUAAUGCAACCCUUAGCUAUUACUAAAUAUAAAAUUAAUUACAAACAUACCUACAAAACGAAUUCUUACCAAUAUUUAGUUUAAGUUAGCAAUGAAUUAGGAAGUCCAAUUGAAUGAAAGAAGGUCUUAGAAAACAAAAAGUAAAAAAUAUAAAAAAUUAUAUAUCUAAAUUAAUUAGAUUGUAGCUUGGAACAGGAACCGAAAGAAAUUAUUUUCAAUUUUAAUUAUCCAAAUCAUUGGUAUUUCAAAAACAAAAAGGAAAAAGAUUUAUCUAGAAAUCCCGAUAAUUAUGACAUAUAUUGUUUCAAAAGAAAAAUUACAUAUGGAAAUAACGGUAAAAAUAUAAAUAUGUUAGAACGCAAAACCAAAAGAAUCAUUGAAAGAAAAAUAAGUUCCAACGAUGACCUAUUAUUUUCAUUCCGUUCCCCAGUUUAAGGCAUAUGUAUAGCCAUUUGGAAAAAAUAUGAUUUCUUCUUCCAACUUAUAGCUAUAGCAUAUCCUAGGUGGCAACCCUAAAAUCAAAAUUUGCUGUUAGCGUGUAAUUAGUGUAAGCGUACAGUUAGUUGAGAGUUAGGUGAGAAGACGAGUAGUAACAUAUGUUUAGGCAGACAGUUUUGGAAAUGGCAAAACAAAUGGACCUAAUUUUUAGACCACUAAGAUAAAACUGUUAAUAAAUCUACAAAUAAAUUAAUAUUUGAAAUUUGAAAUGAAUAAACGUGCAUAUGAUAUUUUAA